UAAUUUGACCUUGGACUCAUCAAACUUACUCUCAAACGAUCAAAUUGCCGCCGCUAUGGUAAAUUUCGCACCUUCGAUGUCCGGAUUACCUAAUGUUUCGAGUGAUGACUUUGCAAGCAUGUUUAACAUGAACAGCGGAUCUGACACAGCUUCUGAUGUCAGCGAAUUUCUGACCUUUAACGAAUUUUCCAAUGAUUCGCUGGGCGAGAGCAAAGACGGGUUUUCCUCAACAGGCAGUAUGGUGAAUCUUGACGUCUCCUCUUGGCUACACGUCGAAUACGAGCUUACAUGA